UCUCUCUCCGCUGGAUUUAACGUGGAUGUGAUGAAGGUGAGGAGUUUCUCCGGGAGUGCAGAUGAUUUUUUUGGGUACAGGGUCCUGCAGUACCGGUCUGAUAACCUGAAACAGAUUAUCGUCAGCGCACCUUUACACACAAACCAAUCAGGAGCGAUUUACACCUGCAGAGAGGAAGAACAAAACUGCACCCUACUGUACCAACCAGGUCUGGAGGGGUUGAAGUUUUUUGGACUCUCUGUAGCAGUGACCUCGUCGCCCUCAGCGUCCUUCACUAGCUGCAGUCCCAGUUUGGUUCAUGAAUGUGAUGGAAACUCGUACCUGAACGGCGUCUGUUCCCAGUUCAACAGCUCACUGAACCCCGUCAGCACCUUCACCAGCGCGUACGAAGAAUGUACCAAGAGUAACGUGAACCUGGUCUUCAUGUUCGACGGUUCCAGCAGCAUGAGGGAUGAAGAUUUUAAGAAGAAUAAAGAUUUUAUCUGGGACAUCGUCACCAAACUCAAGAACACGUCGAUUCAGUUCGCGGCUGCACAGUUUUCUACAAAUAUCAGGACCGUGUUCGACUUUAACGAUUAUAUUAACGGCACGGCCAAGAAGAAGCUUAACGAUGAGGAGCACAUGAAGGCGCUCACCAACACUCACCGCUCCAUCAGGUUCAUUCUUGAUAAUCUGUUUGAAAACAAGACGUCCGGCGCCGAUCCUGAAGCCACUAAAGCUCUGGUCAUCAUCACCGAUGGAUCUCCGUCCGACAGGUCAUCCGGCGAGCUGAAGAGGUGCGACGAACUCAACAUCAAACGCUUCAUCAUCGGGGUUGGGAAUGUGAAUUUACAAAGCCUGACUGAUCUCGCCUCGGAACCGAAACACAACAACACCUUCAAGAUCGAGAACUACAACGGACUGAACGGACUCCUGGAUCAACUGCAGAACAAAAUCUACAGCAUCGAGGGAACCCAGGCCGGUCCGAGCAGGAAAUGGAUGAAGGAGUUAUCUCAGAGUGGCUUCAGUGCUGCUGUGGAUCAGGAUACUCUGAUCCUGGGAGCCGUGGGAUCUAACGAAUGGCAGGGAUCGUUGUAUGAGGUUACAGGAUCAGGAUCUGGGAUCAGAGAGGUCGAGGUUAAAGAGAACGAUCUGAAUGAGGACUCCUACAGCGGUUACUCAGUGGUGGUUGGACGGAGGGGCGGCGUCUCUCUGAUGUUCUCUGGAGCUCCGAGAUCCAACUACACGGGCCAGGUAACUCUCUUCAUGAAGAAGAACCGGCAGUGGGAAGCUACGACCCGGACGUCUGGAGAACAGCUCGGUUCUUAUUUCGGGGGUUCGUUGUGUGUGCUGGACGUGGAUUCGGACGCCAACACUGACUUUCUUGUGGUUGGAGCGCCUCUGUACCAUCAGGCUUAUCCUAAAAAAGAGGGGCGGAUGUACGUCUACACCAUCACACGGGAGCUGAAGCUGGUGAGGGAGCUGGUGCUGAAUGAAUCUGCUCAGGGUCGGUUUGCAUCAACGGUGGCACCGAUCGUGGAUCUGAACGGGGACGGCCUGCAGGAUCUGGCUGUUGGUGCUCCGCUAGAGGACGGUGGCAGAGGAGCCGUCUAUAUUUAUCUGGGCAAUCAGAAACAGGGCAUCCGGCCCCAUUACAGCCAGCGGAUCCUGGCGCGGAGCAUCUCUGAGGACCUGCAGCAGUUCGGGGUGGCGAUCGACGGUGCGAUGGACAUGGGGCAGGACGGACUGACGGACAUCGCUGUAGGAGCACGAGGAGCCGUGAUUCUUCUGAGGGCUCGGCCGGUCCUGUCCGUAUCUGCAGAGAUCAGCUUUUCACCCUCCAACAUCAAUCUCGGCUUCUUCGACUGUUUGGCCUUCAGUGAGAACAGCUUCCCCGUCAGUAACCUGAGCAUCUGCUUCAGGACCACAGAGACCACAAACAGCAGCGUUGGACUGAGCGCCGGCCUGAAUGUUUCGUACGAGCUUAAAGCCGACGCCGUACGACUGGACAGUCGAGCUUUUCUGAUAGAAGGAGACACCAGAUCCAGAAGUGUCCAGAAAUCUGAAGUGCUGAGAUCUGAACGUUCCUGCUUUAAUCACACGCUCUACAUGCCUAACUGUGUGAGGGACACGCUCUCCCCCGUCCUCCUUCAGCUAAACUUCUCCCAGUCUGAUCAACAGCCAGUGAACUCCAGUGCUGUACUGGACAUCGACAGCAGGACCACGGCGUACGUAGAGGUUCCAUUCCAGAUCAACUGUCGUAACAAGUCCAGCUGUAGAUCAGACCUGACGCUGGACUUCCACUUCCUGAACAGCUCGUUGGUGGUGGUGGAUCAGGAUUAUUUCAUCAUCACCGUUUCACUCAGUAAUGACGGAGACGAUUCGUUUAACACCAGCGUGGUGCUGCACUACCCCCCCGGCCUGUCCCUCUCCAAAUUCCCCACCAUCAAGGCUAACAGAAGAACUCUGAGUAGUUGUGGUGUUCGUGAUGAUGGAGCUCUGGAUAAAACCACCUGCAGUAUCAGCUCACCUGUUUACCGCCGAGGGACGCAUGCAGAGUUUCUGGGCGUGUUCCGUAUCUCUCGGCACUAUAACUGGAAUAAAACUAUGGAGAUGAAACUGAUAGCCAGCAGUGACAAUAACAUUAACUCCACUGCUGUGACGGUGAUGAAGUCACUUCCUGUCCAGUUUGCGGUGGACGUGGCCGUCAGGCCUGUGGUGGAGAACUCUGUAACGUACCUGAACUUUUCGGUGGAUGAUCUUGGGCCUAAACCUCACGUUAUCGUAUAUGAGGUGAGAAAUUUGGGACUGAAGGAACUUCCUGUUUCAGUGAGCUUCACCCUGCCAGCUCAGAUUGGAACCAACUUCAGUGUGUCUGAUCACACCAUCACCACCAAUCCACAGGUCAGUGUGAGGGCGGAGCUGGUGAUUCCUCCUGAUAUGGUAACGAUUAUAUCUAUGGGCGGGGCUGGUGGGCUCCUCCUCCUCAUCAUCAUCAUAGUGCUGCUGUUUAAGUGCGGCUUCUUUAAGCGAAAGCGUCCGAGUAAUUCGGCGGAGGAAGAACCAGGCUCGUUCCAGGACGACGAAACGUCCAACAAGGACACGAGCGAGGAACCUGCAGCGUCUCCUGAACCUGAGGAGAACCUUCUGGUUCCUGGAGAUAAACAGUCUGAGAACGGAGGAGUGAAGAAGGAUCAGACGAUGGAGUGAUGACGUCCCGUCUCGUUCAUCUGAUUAUUCUUCAGAUCAUUUAAUGUUUGUGGACGCUGGUGCCGCUUCUAUAGAUUCUGUUUUAUUUAAGUUCUGUUUUCUCCACCUUUGGGUGCUUCCAUGUGUAGGUGUUGCAGAUCUGAGAGCAUCCGGCUGAAGGUCUAAAACUGCCUGUAAUUCAUUAGUCGAGGUUCUGCUAGAUUAAAAAAGUGUUAAUAAUCUCAAAACUGCAGCUCUGUAACACACACACACCAAACCAAGCACCUAAAGGGGGAACAAACGCCCCCGAACCAUGAGCACCAAAGUCUGAACCAUGAAGACCAAAGUCCACCAUACCAUGACAGAUUCUGACCUUCUGAACUUUUAGUUAUUAUUUUUAUUUUUAUUCUUCAGUGUUCCAGAAAAACCCCACCAUCAUUCAUUCAUCUGUGAAUAUUUUGGACCCAGCAGAUUAUCAGAAAAGCCACAAACUGAAUUUUAUAAAAGAUUUAUUUGAAUAAAGGAGAUUUUGGUUUAAUCAUUCAGUCACAGAAACAGAAGAGACGCAGAAAUCAUCAUCAUGUUUUGGCUGAAUCAGGGUGUAUGUAAACUUUUGACCUCUUCUGUACAUCAAUAAGUUUCAGUUUUAAAUAUAAAAAUGUAAAUUUGUGACGAUUUUAUUUAAAAUCACAUUUUAUUCAACAACGUUCACACAAGAACACAAAUCAGAUUAAAUUAUUCGUGAUACGAUCAUAUAAUUUAAAUAACCAAAAUAUGUUUCAAUAUAAACAUAAAAACAUCAAAUAAAACCUGCAGUGAAUCUACAGGAGGAUUAAAAUCUUACAGAAUAUUAAUAACAGAGAGUUUAGAGUUUUACUGUCGUCUUAAAUCAUCAGAAACACAAAAUAAUUAAAUCUAAUCAUCAUUAACUGCAGAUCAGAUUAAAUUCAGUGAGAUUCUUCUGUCUGAAACACAAGUUACUCAAAUCUGAUUUAUUCUGUGUUUAAAAGAUCGUACAACACGUGCUUCCUGCUUCCUCAUGUCAUUCAGACAGUAAUGUUAGCUUAGCCUGGUAUUUAUUAACUGUUUCUGUAGCUAAGCUAAUCUUGUUUUACUAACACACACUGUGUAAAUAAAAACUUUAUGUUCAUUUAUAAGCAAAAUCUCGGUUUGUCGCCCUCGGCUGCUCAGCAGAGGUUUUUGGUCUGUUGGUCCUGGAUUGUGUAAAGUUGUUUUGAGACGAUGUUCACUGUAAAAAGCGCUGAAGAAAUAAAUCUGACAUCACUUGA